AUGUCUUCGAGUAAUCCAUUUAUGAACAAUACUCCCAAUACUUCACCUUUGAAGAACUAUGAUGGUAGUAAUAAGAGGAUCGGCAAACGACCUUUAUUGAAUGCCUCUAACUCUUCUUCUCAACUUACUUCUCCCUUUAGAAGACAGAGGAAUUCAGGUUCAGUUAUUUACAAUGAUAGGUUUAUCCCUACCAGAACAGAAAUCGAUUUAAAUACUAUUGUUUCUUUAAGUAAUACGGUGAAGAUAAUUCCUGAUGAUCCGUCAAAUAGUGAGGAUCAGGUAGAGAUACAGAAAAAACGUUUGGCCCAUGAGACCUUUGAUGCAGUUUUAAAAAAUGAAUUAUUUGGUGAAAAACUAUCCAGGGACAUAACUGGAACUGAAAGUAGCAUUGAUAAAAUUAAAAACACUAAACCAACUUUAUCUCAUUCCCGUUAUAAGAAGGAAAAUAGUAGCAGUGACGAAAUUGAAACCGAUGUAGAUGAAGAUCAGGAUGGAAAUCUUGACUUAAACGGUAAUCCAAUAGAUCUCCCACAUGUACCGAAUACUCCUCCAGAUAGCCUACAUCGUAGCGAUUCAUUACCUACCGGUUCACCAGUGACUCCAAGGCGACUUUUUGCGAAACAGAUUGAUGAACAUUAUAAACCUACGUCAAAUUCCGUCAGAGGUGCAAGUUUAUUAACUUACAGAGAACGUACGUCAACUAGACCUUCAACAACAUCGAUACUACAAUCACAAUUUUAUUCAUCUUCACCAGUACGACCAGAUUCAAGACAAUUAUUACUAUCCCCUGCCAAAAAGUUUAGACAAAUUGCUAAAGUGCCUUACAGAGUGCUGGACGCUCCUUCUUUAGCUGAUGAUUUCUAUUAUGAUUUAAUAGAUUGGUCAUCUACUGAUAUGUUGGCAGUAGCUCUUGGGAAGUCAAUCUUUCUUACUGAUAAUAGCAAUGGCGAUGUUAUUCACCUUUGCGACACUAAAGAUGAAUAUACAAGUUUGAGUUGGGUAGGGGCUGGCUCCCAUCUAGCUGUAGGUCAAGGUAAUGGUUUAAUGGAAAUUUAUGAUGUAGUUAAAAAAAAAUGUAUAAGAACACUUUCAGGUCAUACAGACAGAGUUUCAUGCUUGUCAUGGAACAAUAAUAUUUUAAGUUCUGGUAGCAGGGAUAGAAGAAUUUUACAUAGAGAUGUUAGAAUCGCCGACCCAUUUUUUGCACAAAUCGAAACACAUACCCAAGAAGUUUGUGGAUUGAAAUGGAAUGUUGAGGAAAAUAAGUUGGCCUCUGGUGGUAAUGACAAUAUUGUUUGCGUUUAUGAUGGUACAUCUGUAACACCAACUUUAACAUUUAGAGAACAUACCGCCGCUGUAAAGGCUAUAGGAUGGUCGCCACACAAACGAGGCAUAUUAGCAACUGGUGGUGGUACUGCUGAUAGAAGAUUAAAGAUAUGGAAUGUAAAUACUGCAAUGAAACUAAACGACGCUGACACAGGAUCACAGGUUUGUAAUUUGAUUUGGUCUAAAAAUACAGAUGAAAUUGUAACUUCUCAUGGUUAUUCUAAAUACAAUUUAACGUUAUGGAAUUAUCCAACAUUAGAACCAAUUGCAAUAUUAAAAGGUCAUAGCUUCAGAGUUCUGCACUUAACAUUGUCUGCUGAUGGUACAACAGUAGUGUCAGGAGCCGGUGAUGAGACGUUGAGAUAUUGGAAAUUAUUUGAAAAACCCAAACCAAAAGCUCAACCUGAAUCGUUAAUAUUUGGUGCCUUUAAUCAAAUACGAUAA